GCGCUAGUGACGGCGUCAUCGUAUUGCGCAUGUGCGCUGCGAUCUGUACUGUCACAAAUCAUUCACUUCGCCUUUGGCAAUUAUCGUGACAUGUGAUUGUGGUAGUGACUUGCAGAAAGAACAGUGUUUUUAAUCCUGAUGGUGAUGGAGAAUUAUGUGGGAUCGUCGGACUGCAAAUCAGUAAUUACGAGCUGCUGCCACUGGAAGAUGCCCCCGUUUCUGACUGCGUUGUUUUUGUCAAUUUGCCUGUUCACGGUGCCGGCGUGGAUGAACUACGUGGAUAACCGUAACCUCGACCCCAGUGCCAUCGUAUUUCCAUCCAGCUUCAUUGCUUCAUUCUCUACUCCGAACCGAGUUCAGAACGUCGACCCUCAGAUGCAAUACAUUCACGCCGUGGAGGCCAUGUUUGCUGUGACCGUUCGCCUGAAGGCGCUCCUGGAAAUGGGUGCAACAACGAAUCUGUUGGUAUCGCCAAUAAGUACCACGACAGCUCUAGCCGAGUUACUCUUGGGAGCUCGUGGAUCGACUCGGGAGUACCUGCUGAAAAUUCUGACAGCCGUCGACAGGUCUGAAUACACUCGGGAACCAACAGUGUCAGAGUUCCAUCUGCAUAUGGGAGGUCUCAUUAAGUUUCUGCAGACCAGUUCGGAUUACGAUGACUCCUACCGACUCCAUUUUGCCAGUGCAUUGUUUCUGCGACCAGACCUGAGUCUUCUCCCCAACUUUCGCAGCGCUGCUACUGAUCUAUAUGGAAUGGCAGUGUUGCCUACAGACUUCAGUGGAGAUCCUUUGGGUUCACUCAACAAGAUGAAUCACUGGGCAGCCAUACAUACAAUGGGCACCAUCAACAAAGUGUUCAGUCAUCCCCUGCCUAAGACAACAGCAGCUGUUUUAACCAAUGCCAUUUAUUUUAAAGGCGACUGGGAAACCCCAUUUAAUCCCAGAUACACUAUAACGGGAAAGUUUCAUAGUAGUGAUACUCGCACAGUGGAUGUUGAGUUUAUGCGUGGACAAUUCGAUCUGAUGUAUGUAGACAGCGGAAGGUUAGGAUGUCGCAUGAUUUCAAUCCCAUACAAACACUCCAAAGCAUCAAUGUAUGUUAUCCUUCCAGACGUUGGUGACUUGUACAAUAUACAAGGAUUUGCAGCCGGAUUAUCUGUAGAUGAUACUUUAGAACUCAUUUCUUCAUUAAGAUAUGCUUCAAUAACUUUAGUUAUGCCAAAGAUGAAACUAACUCAGACUUUUAGCAUUGGGAAAGCCCUGUCUAUCUUUCAAAGGCAGAUUGAGUCUGGGUCCAAGGAGAAAGUGUUUGGUUCUGGUCCAUAUCUGAAUAAGAUGCAAGGAAAUGAAUGCGCUAAGAAUGAUGGCUGCAACUGCUCGCGUAAUGCAAGCACUCAGAAUGGAAAUUACAAGAAGGUGCCCGGAGAAAUUGAAUACAAAACAUUUGACAUGAGUGGAGCUUCGUGUGACGAUCGUUUUCGGGUUGAUGAUAUUAUUCAUCACGUUUUUCUGGAAGUCAGUGAAAUGGGCACUGUGGGUGCUGCUGUCAGCGCUACCAUUGUGGACUACAUCGGAGAGUUUAAGAAUUUUAAAAUGGACAGACCAUUUCUGUUUUUCAUACGACAUGACGUUACUGGAACUCCACUUUUUUGGGGUACAAUUGUAGACCCAACGAAUGGGGGUGAAUGAAAACUGACAUGUCAGGAAUCGAACAAGAAGCUUUAGUUAUUGCCAAUAUAGACGUGAAGAGUUCAUAGAGUUUAUUAAGGUCCCCUCUUACUUUUAAGAGCAGCAGUACUAAUCAUUUAUUUAUCAAGUUAAUAACUAGGGAUCUAUCGGUAUGUCGCUAAACUAUGAUAGUUGGAUAGUUUUUGUAUGUUCGCAUAUUUAUUAAAAUUAUAGUAAGCCAAUAAAAUCUUUCCGGUCAAUCAGC